UUCCGGAAGUCCGUCACCGCGGGCGACGGAAGCGGCGGCCGGCGGAGCGAGCGAUGGCGGCGGAGGGCGAUGUGGAGCUGGAGCUGGAGGCGGAGCCCAACGGGUCGGCGAGCGGCGGCGAUGGGGGCCGCCCGGCCGAGAAGCCGCGGAAGCACGACAGCGGCGCGGCCGACCUGGAGCGCGUCACCGACUACGCGGAGGAGAAGGAGAUUCAGAGCUCCAACCUGGAGACGGCUAUGUCUGUGAUCGGAGACCGAAGAUCCAGGGAGCAGAAAGCAAAACAGGAGCGAGAGAAGGAAUUGGCCAAAGUUACCAUCAAGAAAGAAGACUUGGAGCUAAUUAUGAAUGAGAUGGAGAUAUCCAGGGCAGCAGCAGAGCGCAGCUUACGAGAGCACUUGGGAAACGUAGUGGAGGCACUGAUCACGCUCACCAAUUGAGAGCUGACUGACAAAGUGAGGAAAUGAAAGAACUUUGCCUUUUCUCAGCAUGUGGUACUCAUUGCUUUGAAGCUACUGGAAUAAUGUGGUUCAUACAGGAUUGAACAGGAUCCACUGUGUGACCUUUCCCUUCUCAGGGCGGGAGUGGUGAUAGAAAGAGACCUGUUAUCUCUUUCACAUUAAUGGAACCUCCUUAUUAAUGUCCAAAAUAACUUUUUGUUGGCUUAAUAAAACAUACUAUAAAACAAAA